AUGCAGACCGCCGCGGUCAACCGGUCUAUCCGGACAAUCAAAGCAGAACUCGAAUAUCUCUGCGAUGCUUCGAUCAUCACUCCUCAGACGCUCUCAAACUUGCUCAGCCAGAUCCCGCCGCAAACAGCUUUGCACGCGCCCCUCUCCGUGGGAGCGGUUCCCUCCAACACUUCCGCCUUCGCACCGCAACCUCCGACCGCAGCGCUGAAUAACCUGAACCUCCAAAACCAACAGCGCAAUAACGAUAGCUCGAACGAGAAGACCGGAAACUUCUACGGGCAACAACAGAACCAAACACCUCAACCUCCGCCACCUGCAUACAACACGCCCCCACCAGCAGUGAAUUGGCCCGCUCUGGCACAGGCCACCGCACUGUACGCCUACACCUCGCCCGACGCUGGCGAUUUGGAGCUGCAGCCGAAUGAUCAGAUCAGUGUGACCGAGUACCUCAACGCAGAAUGGUGGAAGGGUAAGAACACACGCACUGGUCGUGAGGGUAUCUUCCCACGGAGCUACGUCAAGGUCAACGAGGAGAAAGGUGCCGCGCCGGUCAAUCCUCAUGGCAACAACUAUGGUAAUGCGCCACUGGAGGUUAGCCAGGUUGGAAACGGCACAGGCGAGGCGCCGAAUAAAGGAUCAGAGAUGGGCAAGAAGUUUGGCAAGAAGCUCGGAAACGCUGCCAUCUUCGGUGCGGGAGCUACUAUCGGUGGCAACAUUGUCAACAGUAUUUUCUAG